AUGGCGCUGGGGGACUACAUGGGCGCCUCGUGUCACGCCUGCAUCGGGGGCACCAACGUCCGCGCCGAGGUGCAGAAGCUGCAGAUGGAGGCGCCCCACAUCAUCGUGGGCACCCCGGGCCGCGUCUUCGACAUGCUCAACCGCCGCUACCUCUACCCCCCCAAAACGGCCCCGAACGGUCCCCAAAGACCCCAAAAUCCCCCCAAAGUGGCAUCAAAACGGCCUCAACCCCCCCAAAAACGGUCCAAAACGGCAUCAACCGGCCCCCAAAUGGGUCCCCAACUGCCCCCCCCCGUGCUCCCCAAGUCCCGUGUGCAUCCCAUGUAG